AGAGCGCUGACCCGUCAAAAAACAAUGGCGACGAAUUUAAGAGAAAGUACUCGUGUCGCGUGGUGAUGGUGGGCGAAAGGUCGAAACGUAGAGAGACUAGGAUCGAUUUGGGUGCGAAAAUGUCAGGUAGAAGGCAUCGGAGGGAUAAAACGGAAAUAAGUUGCUGCCUGAAGUAUUUAAUAUUCGGAUUUAACGUCAUCUUCUGGCUUUUAGGUUUAAGUAUAUUUGUCGUUGGAAUAUGGGCGUGGACCGAAAAAGAUAUAUUUAAUAAUUUAAGUCGCCUUACAAAUAUAACGUUAGAUCCAGCCUUCCUACUCAUCAUCGUUGGCAUUAUUACUUUUAUCAUCGGAUUUGCAGGUUGUGUCGGAGCACUCAGAGAAAAUACAUGUCUUUUAGCAGCUUAUGCCAUAUUUUUAGCCAUAUUAUUAUUAUUGGAAAUGACAGCUGGUAUUCUUGGUUUCAUCUUUAAAGACUGGAUUAAAGCUCAAACUACAAAUGGAUUUAGAGCAUUUAUUGUCUAUUACAGAGAAGAUCCUGAUAGGCAAAAUUUAGUAGAUUGGAUACAAGAACAAUGGCUUGAAUGCUGUGGGAUUGAUGGUCCAAAAGAUUGGGAUAUGAAUGUAUAUUUUAAUUGUUCUAGUGAAGAAAGAGGAAGUAGAGAAGCAUGUGGUGUACCCUUUUCUUGUUGUAAACCUCAACCAAAUGAACUAAUUAAGAAUAAACAAUGUGGAUAUGAUGUGAGAAAAAGUGAUUAUACGAGAGAUAAAUCUGUCUUCAUUUAUGAGAAAGGUUGCCUUCGGGCUGGGGAAGAAUGGAUAGAAGCUAACUUGAUGCCUCUUACGGGGAUAGCAGUUGGCAUGGCUAUCUUUCAGGAACGCGACAGAUCUAGAGUCAUCUUUGAAAAAGGUUGUGUACAGUCGGGGGAGGAAUGGGUUGAAAGAAACCUUCUUCCUUUAGCGGGUGUAGUUCUAGCAAUUGCUUUUUCUCAGAUCCUCGGAAUAUGCUUUGCACAGAAUCUACGAGCGGACAUCUUCGCUCAAAAAUCUAAGUGGCAUUGACGACGACGUCCGGCUUAUAUUUAACGUGUUUUAACAAAAACGUAAUGGACCGUAACUACAAGAACUCAUUCUCGGAAGAUCCAUUACUUCGGUAUAAUAACAUAAAAUUUUUCUCGGCGUGCAUUGCCAGUCAAAAUAUUUUUUAUUUUAUUAUUAUUAUUAUUAAAUUAUUAUAAAAACAUCAAAAAUUAAUUUGGCAAUAUAAGCUUU